AUGUCAUACUCAUAUCUCGCUUCUACGCCAGGAUUGAAAUUCAACUAUUCCCUAUUUAGUGUACCUAUAGGAUGGGCUGUAGGGAUGGCUCCGCUCUGGUGGUCCAUUAGCAAAGCUAACUCGGCAGCUCCCGGGACAUAUGACAAUGCGAAUCCCGGAGACAGUUGGUCUAAGUUGGACUCAGCUCCGAUCUCUUCACAGGAUAAGAGAAGGAUCAGGAGAGCAGUAGCAGCCAAUAACAAUACCCAUGUUAAUCUACCAUUGUUCGCUGCGGGCUUAGCAGCUGCCAACGCUGCACAUGUUGACUCGAGUUCUCUCCAUCUGUACUCAGCUGGAUUUUUGAUUAGUCGGGUAGCAUAUACUUUAUCGUAUAUCUUCAUCGAAGAUGAUCAAACAUCGUAUAUCCGGUCCAUUUGCUACUUGGGUGGGAUAGGUUCAUGCUUCGCAUUAUACAUCAAGGCUGCCUUGAAGUAUAAGAAUAUACCCUGGUGA